CCUGCUGUCGUCUCUUCCGCCCAAGAAUCUAUCAGCAAGGAAGUUGAGUCUAUCGCUAAGCUCUCAGAUGCUGCAUCAAAGUAUCCUUACUACAAGUACAAUGGCAUGUGGACAAGACAUGUGCAGGACGCUGACACAGACGUCUUCCAUUUGACCAUCGAGGAGUACCUUCAAUCGUUGAUCUCUCUGGUUGAUGAACUGGGUGACUACUCUCGUCCUGUGCACAUUGCAAAGUUCAUCAAGCAUCUCCAUGCCGGAUUCCAGAUCCUGAAUCUUAAGAAUGAUUCGCUUCGCAGNAGAUCCGACGGUAUCAAGUACCGUGUCAAGGAAGUCGAAGAUGUUGUGUAUGAUCUCAGCCUCAGAGGUCUCGUCCCCAAGGAG